UCUUGAUCACGUGAUAGAGCGGGCGUGUGAGUUCUUGUCACACCUGUCCGUUGAAGCUGGUGACGGGUUGUGCUGUGCGUGGUGUGUGUCACUAUGCGCUCCCCGGAGAGAGAGAGACGCGUGAGAAAGUGCAUGGACAAACCGACCGGUAACGGGAACUAAUAAUGGGCAUGGCGGGACCGGUCAGUUAUCAGCAACAUAUAGUUGCUACAGGUUGGAGUCCCGUGAAUCUGUCUGACUUUACCGAAGAGAACGAGAAGGGAAAAGUUACAAGCCUACCCGGGAACUUUUCAUUCCAGAGAGAGAUGGGAAAUCUUUCUGAUUAUUGUGGAAAACUGUUGUCUAUUUAACUAGUGCUCCGUUUUUUAAAUUUAUUUUUGUCGGUUACUGCUCCGGUGAGUCUCGAGGCAUGGCGUUAUCGCAGAUCCAGUGUUUGGAUGAGAAUAACGUGAACUUCCGGACGCAUGAAUCCAAACCGGACUUUUUUUAUUCCGAGGAGCAACGUCUAGCGCUCGAGACGCUCCUCCGAGAUGGACGCGAGGCCUUUAAUAAGUUCCUCCACGCGACCAGUCUCCGGGGUUUCCUGUCGGACCAGGAGGUGGACCAGUUGACCGGGGCAGUGGAAGUAUACGACCCGGCAUCAGAGCUCCGUCAGGGUGACUCAGACAGUGAUGAACUUCCGCUGUCUCUCCAGUACUGGCCGGAUCUGUCUGACUGCUCGCUCCCACGGCUGGAUCUGGGAUGGCCGGACUGCCCGGCCUACAGAGGAGGGACUCGCGUCACUGUGUACGCGCAACCGCCACUGGACGGCAACACGCACAUCAAAGAGAUGGUCAGGAAAACUAUCGCGCAGGCGCAGAAGGUGAUUGCGGUGGUGAUGGACCAAUUUACGGACGUAGAUAUCUUCAGAGACCUUCUGGAGGCGGGCUUUAAGAGGAAAGUGUCUGUCUACAUCCUGUUGGAAAGAGCAGCGUUACCUCACUUCCUGUCUAUGGCUGAGAGGGCCGCCAUGCACCCAGGACACCUGAAGAGCCUGCGUGUUCGUGUCUCAGGGGGAACAGAGUUCUUCAGUAGGUCGUGUACCAGAGUGAGAGGACGGCUGGGUCACAGGUUCCUGUUGAUAGAUGGAGACAAGGCUGUUUCUGGAUCGUACAGUUUCACCUGGACGGCGUCUCGUUUGGACAGACACCUGGUCACCUUGGUAACGGGCCAGGCGGUCGACUCCUUUGACCAGCUGUUCCGUGACCUCUACCUGACCUCCAGCGGGGUCGACCUCCGCAGGGUCACCAUGGAGACGGAGCCGGAGCCAGAGCCCCUCCCCCGGGCCACCCCUGUCGCUUCUCUCUCCGCAGCUAACGCCAGGAAGCUGUUCAGCCCUAAAUACGCCAUGGUGAUCGGCAACGCUAACGCUAGCAGGGCCAGCCCCGUCUCCUGCGGACAGAACUCCAACUCCCAGAACCCCCUGAAAACAAAGGGGAGUGUCCGGGAGCCAGUGGAAGCCCCGCCCCUCCACCCGGGAUUGGCCUGUCUGGAGAAAGCGUACCUGAUUCCGUACCUGCCCACCUGGCCCGAACCCGACCCCCCCAGAGAUGUCAUCGGGUUCAUUAACGUGCGGGACGCGUCACGGCCGACCCAGGUGCACCUGCAACGCUCCGAGAGGUUUGAGACGAGCCAGGCGGUACGGUUCAGCAGUCCCUUUACCCUGCCCAAUGAGGAGGCACUACCUGACCGGGCUGUGCCUAGACCAACCCCUACCCUUAACCCUCCCCCUACCCUUAACUCUACCCCUACCCCUACCCCUAAAUCAACCCCUACCCUUAACCCUCCCCCUACCCUUAACUCUACCCCUACCCUUAACUCUACCCCUACUCUUAACUCUACCCCUACCCUUAACUCUACCCCUACCCUUAACUCUACCCCUACCCUUAACUCUACCCCUACCCCUACCCCUAAAUCAACCCCUACCCUUAACUCUACCCCUACCCCUAACUCUACCCCUAACUCUACCCCUACCCCUACCCCUAAAUCAACCCCUACCCUUAACUCUACCUCUACCCUUAACUGUACCCCUAACUCUACCCCUACCCUUAACCCUACCCCUACCCUUAACCCUACCCCUACCCUUAACUCUACCCCUACCCUUAAAUCUACCCCUAAAACCCUUAAAUCUACCCCUAACUGUAUUCCCUACCCCAUCUCCCCCACUCUCCCCAGUCCCGUAUGCCCCUCCCUCACCCCCGUGCCCAAGCCCCGGACGGUGCAGUUGGUCAUGAGGAACGGGAUUGGUCAGGACCUAUGUGAAGUCAGAGUGGUCAAGAAGACAGACAGUCUGGAGCUAACAGAACCACAAAGAGACUGUCUGAAUGGAACUGGACUGUGGCUCGACUGUGAGACCGCACUGCGAACACAGAGUGACUGUGAGACCGCAGUGCGAACACAGAGUGACUGUGAGACCGCAGUGCGAACACAGAGUGACUGUGAGACCGCACUGCGAACACAGAGUGACUGUGAGACCGUAGUAGUACCCCGGAGUGACUGCGAGACCACAGUACGACCCCAGAGUGACUGCGAGACCGCAGUGCAACCCCAGAGUGACUGUGAGACCGCAGUGCAACCCCAGAGUGACUGCGAGACCGCAGCACGACCCCAAAGUGACUGCGAGACCGUAGUACGACCCCAGAGUGACUGCGAGACCGCAGCACGACCCCAAAGUGACUGCGAGACCGUAGUACGACCCCAGAGUGACUGCGAGACCGCAGUACAACCCCAAAGUGACUGCGAGACCGUAGUACGACCCCAGAGUGACUGCGAGACCGCAGCACGACCCCAGAGUGACUGCGAGACCGCAGUACAACCCCAGAGUGACUGCGAGAUCACAGUAAUACCCCAGAGUGACUGCGAGACCGCAGUGCAACCCCAGAGUGACUGCGAGACCGUAGUACAACCCCAGAGUGACUGCGAGACCGUAGUACAACCCCAGAGUGACUGCGAGACCGCAGUACAACCCCAGAGUGACUGCGAGACCGCAGUACAACCCCAGAGUGACUGCGAGACCACAGUACAACCCCAGAGUGACUGCGAGACCGUAGUAGUACCCCAGAGUGACUGCGAGACCGUAGUAGUACCCCAGAAUGACUGCGAGACCGCAGCACGACCCCAGAGUGACUUCGAGACCACAGUAGUACCCCAGAGUGACUGCGAGACCGCAGUGCAACCCCAGAGUGACUGCGAGACCGCAGUGCAACCCCAGAGUGACUGCGAGACCGCAGUAGUACCCCAGAGUGACUGCGAGACCGCAGUGCAACCCCUGAGUGACCGGGAGACCGCAGCACGACCCCAGAGUGACUGCGAGACCGUAGUACGACCCCAGAGUGACUGCGAGACCACAGUAAUACCCCAGAGUGACCGGGAGACCGCAGUACAACCCCAGAGUGACUGCGAGACCGUAGUAGUACCCCAGAGUGACUGCGAGACCGCAGUACAACCCCAGAGUGACUGCGAGACCGUAGUAGUACCCCAGAGUGACUGCGAGACCGUAGUAGUACCCCAGAGUGACUGCGAGACCGCAGUGCAACCCCAGAGUGACUGCGAGACCGUAGUACAACCCCAGAGUGACUGCGAGACCGUAGUAGUACCCCAGAGUGACUGCGAGACCGCAGUGCAACCCCAGAGUGACUGGGAAACCGUAAAUGGACUGUGUCAGCACACACGCACGUCUGACCCCCGUAAACUCAGACACAACGUGUUCACACACACUCCUGAGCUGCGUACAGCGACGCCUGUUAACGAGGAGUCCGGUGUGUCGUCCCCGUCCUGCGACUCUGACAUGUCGACGACGUCAGAGGAGUAUUACGAGUGUAGUAACUCGAGACCCCCCUCUGAGACCCCCAGAGACCCCCCCCUCUGA